CCGAUCGAUUCAAACCCACACUUCCCCCACACAUACCUACACAUACACAUACACAUAUACAACCACGGCCGACGACCCGUGAUUCCACUCGUUUUACUGCAUUUUCCGAUUGAUUUACCCGUUUGGCGCCCGCCCGCUAUAUUACUUCUACUCUCGGAGAACAACGGCGAACCGGACGGACGUCGAAAAGGAAAGGAAAGAUAGGAGAGGGGGGAUAACAGAAUAAAGAAAAGAAAGGAGAGUGAGAGGAGAGCAUCGAUCAUGGCGACUAAUACUGGUGUUGGUAAUCUGGUCGAUGCCUCUGGGUAUAAGUACUCGGAGAAAGAUACGAAGCCGGGGAAGAUCAAGUUGAAGAAGACUGGUGCUGGGGCUGGUAGGGGGCGGAAGAAGAAUGAUGAUAAAGAACCCCCUCCCUCCCCCGGAUCCUCGCCCAUUCUUCCUGAAAUCGAUGAGAAGACAAUCGCUGCCUUUCCGACGGGUAAGCCGCGCGAGGAAGACCGCUUGGAAACUGUUAUCUGCAAGACGUGCAAGAGGCCGGUCCUCAAGCAGAACGCCGUCGAGCAUAUCCGCGGCUGCGUGAAAGCGAAGCAGGAGAAGGCGAGGCGGAAGAAGGAGGCGCGCGAUGCGGCCAACCGCGCGAAGGAGAAGGUCGAUGGGGACGACGAGGGCGCCGGCGCCGGCAGCGUCGGCGGGGAUAAGGGCGACGGCGAGGAGUCGUCGAUGAAGGGGCAGAAGAGCGCGAAGAAGAGCGCUGUUAAGGGGAUGGCGGAGGAUGGGACGAAGAAGGGGAAGAAGCGGAAGGCGGAGGCUGAGGACGAUAAGGAUAGCAAGGAGCCGACGAAGAAGAAGAAGAAAAAGGAGGAGCCCAAGCCGAAGGCCGCGAAGCCGAAGGGCCCGGUUGAUGUUGAGAAGCAGUGCGGUGUUACGCUGCCUAAUGGGGCUCAGUGCGCGCGCUCUUUGACUUGUAAGAGUCAUUCUAUGGGUGCGAAGCGUGGGGUGCCGGGUCGGUCGUUGCCGUAUGAUAUGCUGUUGCAGGCUUAUCAGAAGAAGAAUCAGGCGAGGCAGCAGAAGGCUGCCAUCGACGCCAACGCGCCCCUUCAGGACGACCUGGAAAACAAUGGCCCCGUCGACUCCGACGAAGAGAAAGACGCCGUCAUGGCUGCCAUCUCCCGCUCGCAUCCGCAGCCCAUCGCCACCCACACCCUCAUCUCUACCAAGAAGAAGUACCAGUUCGUGCGCAUCAAGGAGAUGCUCUCCCAUGCGCUUGGCGGCGCUCGUGGCGGCGGUCUCUUCUCCACUGGCGAUAGUAAUCCUCCCGCUACUGAUGUUCAUCUCUUCACUCCUGUAGAGGAGAUACCUAUGUCUUUCCCGGAGCCGGCUACUGUCGCAACUGACAAUGUAGGCGAUGCUGCCGCUCAGUCUUCGGUGCAGGCCUCGAAGAACACGCCCGUUGUGACUAACGCUUGAAGCUCGCUCGGGCUUUGCGUUGGACCUGGGCUAUGAUUGAUGAUCUGUUCUUUUCUUUCUUUUUAUUUUCCCUUCUUUGUUCCUUCUUUCUUUCCAUCUUUCUCUUUCUACACACCUUCACAUCAGUCGCGCAAUUGGAGCGGGCUCGCAGAGAUGGCGUUGGUUGCAUGGUUGUUCUACAGCAAUGAUAUGAUACCCC